AUGGCCCAACAAGGGUCUGGGAAACCUUUUCGUCCCAUUGCCCCAAGGAGGAUUCCAGAACCUCCAACCCCGGCUGCUGCGCCCGAGGAGGGGAAAAUAAAGCGCGCUUCUACGGCUUGCGGGGAAUGUAAACGACGUCGAACGAAGUGUAGUGCAGAUACAACAGGGACGCCGUGCGCUGAAUGUGCUCUUCACGACCGGGAGUGCGUGAUCGAUGAAUUCGCCGACAAGCGACGUAAAGUCGCGGCCAAGCGUGCCCAGGAGGAUCUGAAAUAUUACCGUGGCUUUGUGGAACAACUUCUCGAGGCGCUACGAUCUGGUGAUCGUGCCACCAUCGACGGCAUUCUCGACGUCAUCCGAUCGGGCGCAACUCAUGAUGAAAUCCGGGCCGUUAUUGCUCGCUCCGCCCCGAAAGAUGAGAUAAAUAUACCUGACGGGGUGGAUUCCGUGGCAACAGACGGCAACAACAGCACGCCGGCGAGCUCCAGGCCGGAUGGUUUACCGAAUGACGAGCAAUAA